GUGCCUGGCCACACCUCCACAGAUCUAAAAAGAAAGCCCAAAAGAAGAAUUUAGAUGAACCGAUAUCUAGAAAGUGACCUUCUAUCACUGGAUUGUCAGCAGGAAGACUUUACGGCUUCACCACCCUGCCAUAUAGCAGGGUUUCAGAGGCUACUCUGAAAGAAAGAAUGACAGCAUUGGCCCCCGGAGGAAAAGGUUUAGGUCCCAGGACCAUCCACUUCCUGAUGGAUGUUGGGGCGUGAAGGAGAGGGAACACCAUAUGAAGUUCAAUCCAGACAAGAAAGAGGACUAGCAUUGGCAUUAAACCGGAAGUGCUUGUCAUCAAACAUUGAAGAGAACUGCAAUCUUUUGAAUUUACUAAUUCCAAAUUGAGCUCUUCUGGUGAGUGGGAUACCCCGAGAUGUAGCCUGUCAGGCCCGAGGAGCACCAAGUAAGUGAGGUGGCAUAGCCAUAAAGAAUAUUGGACUUACGAAUGCUUUAAAGACCUGGAGUUUGGUCUGAACGCAGAUCGUCUGCCUGUGCUGUACUCUGUCAAUUUCUAAAAGCGUCUCACGAUGGCUGUGCUAACUUCACCGGAAGUAAAUUUGUCCUGUUGCCCCACCCUGGCGACCUUGGCUGGUGAUGAGGGAAUUCAAAGGAAAAAUAUGGGAUUUUCAGCAGAGGCAACUUGUACAGCAAAUUCCUUUUAGAGUUGGAGGCCAUGAUAAAUGGUUUAAAGAUCUGAGAACCAGGGGCUUGGCCAUUCUUCAUGGAUCCAACUAUGGUCAUGACUUCAUUAAAUGUUGGAGCAAAAGCCAGAUCUUCACAUGUGGCCAGUAAAAAUGAAGACUUCAACAGAGCACCUCCUGGCUCCCCUUCCCCCUCACACCUCCCAAGUGGGUUCAUCCCCCGGCAACCAAAAAUCAGCUACGGUGGCACCCUGAGAAAUCCAUCGCCUUCGCAGAGCUUCUUUAAGGAGGGCAGGGGCAGAAGGAGGAUCCUGCAAGGGCUCUGAAUCGAUUUGUUCCAAAGGCACCCGCUGGGACACGCAUCAAGUCUAACAAAGAGUUAAAUUGCCAACAUGGCUGAACCACAAUCAAUAUGAAUGAGGAAAAACAGCAAAGAAGGCCAUUUAUAUGCCGCAGCCACAAGCCUGGGAGGCUGUUCCUGAGUGGGCGGACACAGGCUCUGGCUGCAACAGGACCUGGGGGCUGUAUCCUAUGCUGGGAGGCUGAGACAGGGGUGCACUAAAGGGGCUUCUUUAACCUCCAGGUGAUGCAUUCUGGGUAGAAUUUGACAUAGCGACCCACCCUGUCUAUCCCUCCAGCUUCCCAGGUUUUGCAAUAAAAUGCACUUGUGCCUGUGGCUGGAAGGACUCAGCGCUGACACUGCCGAGACCCAUCCCAGUGUGACUUGCAGGAAGUGGUUGCCUGGAAUAUGAAGGCAGCCCUGUCCCCUGCUGGUAGCACAAAUCCUGUGAGGAGAGCGUCACAGAAUCAGAAGCCUCAAGGCAUCAGACCUGCCAGCACACUGGCAAGGUGUCACUGCCACUCCCAGCAAGAUAUUCCCUUUGGUGCCCAGCUGGUGUCCAGGAAACCACGGAGUUUGAAGUUCCAUCUGACACUGCCUCUAAGGAAAGCAGAAUAUUCACCAUCCUAGGGCAGCAUUUCCUGAAACCUAACACUCACCCUUGCCCUCUCCAGGUCGUGACAGCUCUGUUAGAAACCUGGGCCCCAGGAGACUGAGGUUGACUUCCAGCCGUGAAACACUUCACCAGCCUUCAGAAUGUCUUCUGUGUGGAAAGAGCAUCCAAGCCUGAGCAGUACCAAGCCACUUCCGGUUGUCAUAAUAGGGAAUGGCCCCUCUGGAAUCUGCCUGUCCUAUUUGCUCUCUGGCAACAUCCCAUAUGUCAGAAGAGAUGCCGUCCACCCACACCCGAUCCUACAGAAGAAACUUGAGGAAACACCAGAGGUCUCAAUCAUUGACCAGGACUUGGAGUACCUGUCAGAGGGUUUGGAAGGGCGAUGCUACAGCCCAGUGGCUCUUCUUUUUGACACCCUACUCCGCCCAGAUACAGAUAUAGGUGGAAAUGCAGAAUCUGUCCUCACCUGGUGGCACCAAGAAAGCAGGGCCAUCCCCCACCUGGUCCUGGGCAAAAACCUCCCUGGAGGAGCAUGGCAUUCCAUCGAGGGCUCGAUGAUCACACUAAGCCAAGGUGAGUGGAUGGGCCUCCCAGACCUUCAGUUCAAAGAUUGGAUGAAGAAGAAAAGACGAGGCUUCAGAAACAGUCGGGCCACGGCAGGGGACAUCGCUCACUACUACCAGAACUAUGUGAUGAAGAAGGGGCUAUGCCAUAACUUCCACUGUGGCAGCACAGUAACAGCUGUGAGGAGGGUUGGCCCCCGGCGGGAGCUGGGCUCCAGUCCUGACUGCUUCUCCGAUUGGAGCGCCCAGGAGCCGGCAGCCUGCCAGGCUACCCCAGACCGGCAGCUCUUCCAGGUGAGUGGAUUCAUGGCGGGGAGUGAUGGAAGUCAGCGGCCCUUCUCCAUCUCUGCUGAGAACGUGGUCCUGGCCACGGGGACGUACGACAGCCCAUCCUGGCUCGGCAUCUCCGGCGAAGAUCUUCCCUUCGUCCACCACGAGCUCUCCGUGCUGGAGACUUCCACCAAGGAUGGGACCUUGGACCAGACCUCGGACCCCGUCCUGAUUGUCGGGGCUGGGCUGUCUGCGGCCGACGCUGUUCUCUUUGCCCGGCACUGCAAUGUGCCCGUGAUCCACGCCUUCCGGAGGAAAGUGGAUGACCCUGGCCUCAUCUUCAACCAGCUCCCCAAGAUGAUGUACCCUGAGUACCACAAAGUCCACCAGAUGAUGCGGGAACAAUCCAUACUGACUCCGGGGUCGUACGAGGGUUACCUCAGCCUCCCGGAGCACCAGCUCCUCUUCUUCAAAGAUGACAAGAGGUGUGUGUUCCAGGAUGGCAGGGGGCAGCAAAAGGUCUUCAGCAUCUCCCUGGCUCUCCUCCUCAUCGGUUCCAACCCCAACCUCUCCUUCCUGCCCAACAAUGGAGCCAACCUGGCUGUGGACCCCCUAAAGCCUGUGAACCCCAAGAGGAACCCCAUCGAUGUUGCCCCCUUCACCUAUGAGUGCGUCCAGGAGCCAGGUCUCUAUGCUUUGGGGCCUCUGGCGGGCGACAACUUUGUGCGCUUUGUGCAAGGAGGUGCCCUGGCCGUGGCCAGUUCCUUGUUGAGGAGAGAAAAGAAAAAUCCCACUUAGUGUAGCACAUCCCUGUUCCGUCCCUCUCCCCCCCCCCGCCCCCCCCCCCAAAUCACAUCAACAAGCCGGCAAAGCCCAUUCUCCCAGAGGAGUAGAAGGGGGUCUGUUUGCCUGUCUGUAUGACUCGAGCUCUGCCUGUCAAACCAAAUGGGUUUGUUCACCAGGCCUGGUUUUCAGUGGAGCCGAUGCUGCUGGCGCUUUCCUUUGUGCGGCAGUAUGUUGAAUCUGAAGUGGGAGUCCAGUGGGUGCCGGGAAGUCAGGGAAGUGGAUUCUCGACUUCCUUUCUUUAAAAGUCGAAGCCUCCAUGUGGCUCCAGCCCUGCUCAUGGUGUCUAGGUGGGUGAGGGGACAAGUGACAAGGUGACCUAGGUCUGCUGCCUGGGCAUGUGGGUUGAAUGCACCCCCGUGUCCCAACCCAACCUCCCAGAAUUUGGGCCUAAUAUCACUAAUUGGCUCAAGGGAAAGGGGACUGAGAGUUCGAACCGCUGCUAGAACGUGUGCUGCAAGUUCUCAAUCUGAGGCUAGCCCUGUGAAAGAAUCGUAGCCCCUGCAGGAGUUUGCGCAAUCGUGGAUCCCACCUGGAAAUGGGAAGGAAUGGCUCUGGUCCACACAUCAUCAGGAUCAGGGUUCAUGCCUCCAAAUGGCAACGUUUACAAUAAAAAAUGACUUUGACAACCAU